AUGAUAGCCAUCGACAAGGCCUCAUGGCACUCAGGCGCCGCCGACUUCCCCGCCGACCUCGACCCCCAGGCCGGCGGCACCCACAUUGGCUUUCUCCUCACCUGGCUUAUCAAUUCAAACCUCAUGUCGGAUACGUUUGACUCGGCAGCCAUUGCCGAUGUGGAGGCCCGCCGCAAGACCGGCCGCGAAAUCUUGUUUGACGUUUGCGACUACACACUCAAGAAUGAGGACCUCAGCGAGGUCGGCAAGAAGUUUGUCGAGGACUACUACAACGCCGACGACAGAGACAAAAGCGGCAACAACUGGUACCUCGACAACUACGAACGCACCCUCGCGGAUGAUCUGCCGUCCAUGUACCACGUCGAGGACAGCUGGGAAAACUACGACCUGAUUGAGCCCGUCAUCGACGCCGCCUAUGAUCACUGGAGGCUCAGCGACUAG